GGUGUUUUGGAACAUCAAAGAUGGACAGGGUUUUCGCGGAGGUCGCUUCUCAGAUAUCUCCACAACUACAGAUCGGGGAUCUUCCAAAAUCGAGAAGAUUGGUGCAUAUGGCUAGGUCUCUUCACCUUACAAUUUGUAUGGCAAUUUGGCCCGGGGUUGUGGUGUGGUAGGGGAGAAUGGGGGAUAAUCCCACACAGGAGUUUCGAACGACGUCUGGUUCAUGUUUGGCUGGAUAACUCCACCACCACACGGGGUAUGCGGUCGGCGAUGGGGUCAAAAUGCUCGUAUGAUCGAGGGCUUUUCGAUGGAUCUAUCGGCGGGUUCUUAUUCGAAAAAUCGAGCGAGUUCGUGGUGGAGCGGUUGA